AUGGUUUUGAGAUCCUUCGAGGUGGUGGAGGUGUUGAGAUCCUUCGAGGUGGUGGUGGUGUUGAGAUCCUUCGAGGUGGUGGAGGUGGUGAGAUCCUUCGAGGUGGUGGUGGUGUUGAGAUCCUUCGAGGUGGUGAGAUCCUUCGAGGUGGUGGUGGUGUUGAGAUCCUUCGAGGUGGUGGAGGUGGUGAGAUCCUUCGAGGUGGUGGAGGUGGUGAGAUCCUUCGAGGUGGUGGAGGUGGCUCUUCUAUUGUUUGUGUUUGCGUUCACAUCCCUUCUGUCCUGGGCCUUCUGUCCUGGGUCUUCUGUCCUGGGUCUUCUGUCCUGGGUCUUCUGUCCUGGGUCUUCUGUCCUGGGCCUUCUGUCCUGGGUCUUCUGUCCUGGGUCUUCUGUCCUGGGUCUUCUGUCCUGGGCCUUCUGUCCUGGGUCUUCUGUCCUGGGCCUUCUGUCCUGGGUCUGCUGUCCUGGGCCUUCUGUCCUGGGUCUGCUGUCCUGGGUCUGCUGUCCUGGGCCUUCUGUCCUGGGUCUUCUGUCCUGGGCCUUCUGUCCUGGGUCUGCUGUCCUGGGCCUUCUGUCCUGGGUCUGCUGUCCUGGGUCUGCUGUCCUGGGCCUUCUGUCCUGGGUCUUCUGUCCUGGGCCUUCUGUCCUGGGUCUGCUGUCCUGGGCCUUCUGUCCUGGGUCUUCUGUCCUGGGUCUUCUGUCCUGGGACUUCUGUCCUGGGUCUUCUGUCCUGGGUCUUCUGUCCUGGGUCUUCUGUCCUGGGCCUUCUGUCCUGGGUCUGCUGUCCUGGGCCUUCUGUCCUGGGUCUGCUGUCCUGGGCCUUCUGUCCUGGGUCUUCUGUCCUGGGCCUUCUGUCCUGGGUCUUCUGUCCUGGCUCUGCUGUCCUGGGCCUUCUGUCCUGGGUCUUCUGUCCUGGGCCUUCUGUCCUGGGUCUGCUGUCCUGGGCCUUCUGUCCUGGGUCUGCUGUCCUGGGUCUGCUGUCCUGGGCCUCCUGUCCUGGGUCUUCUGUCCUGGGCCUUCUGUCCUGGGUCUGCUGUCCUGGGUCUGCUGUCCUGGGCCUUCUGUCCUGGGUCUGCUGUCCUGGGCCUUCUGUCCUGGGUCUUCUGUCCUGGGCCUUCUGUCCUGGGUCUUCUGUCCUGGGCCUUCUGUCCUGGGUCUGCUGUCCUGGGUCUGCUGUCCUGGGCCUUCUGUCCUGGGUCUGCUGUCCUGGGCCUUCUGUCCUGGGCCUUCUGUCCUGGGUCUGCUGUCCUGGGUCUGCUGUCCUGGGUCUUCUGUCCUGGCCCUUCUGUCCUGGCUCUGCUGUCCUGGGCCUUCUGUCCUGGGUCUGCUGUCCUGGGCCUUCUGUCCUGGCCCUUCUGUCCUGGCUCUGCUGUCCUGGGCCUUCUGUCCUGGGUCUGCUGUCCUGGGUCUGCUGUCCUGGGCCUUCUGUCCUGGCCCUUCUCUCCUGGCUCUGCUGUCCUGGGCCUUCUGUCCUGGGUCUGCUGUCCUGGGUCUGCUGUCCUGGGCCUUCUGUCCUGGCUCUGCUGUCCUGGGUCUGCUGUCCUGGGCCUUCUGUCCUGGGUCUGCUGUCCUGGGCCUUCUGUCCUGGGCCUUCUGUCCUGGGUCUGCUGUCCUGGGUCUGCUGUCCUGGGCCUUCUGUCCUGGCCCUUCUGUCCUGGCUCUGCUGUCCUGGGCCUUCUGUCCUGGGUCUGCUGUCCUGGGCCUUCUGUCCUGGCCCUUCUGUCCUGGCUCUGCUGUCCUGGGCCUUCUGUCCUGGGUCUGCUGUCCUGGGUCUGCUGUCCUGGGCCUUCUGUCCUGGCCCUUCUGUCCUGGGUCUGCUGUCCUGGGUCUGCUGUCCUGGGCCUUCUGUCCUGGCUCUGCUGUCCUGGGUCUGCUGUCCUGGGCCUUCUGUCCUGGGUCUGCUGUCCUGGGUCUGCUGUCCUGGGCCUUCUGUCCUGGCUCUGCUGUCCUGGGCCUUCUGUCCUGGGCCUUCUGUCCUGGGCCUUCUGUCCUGGGUCUGCUGUCCUGGGUCUGCUGUCCUGGGCCUUCUGUCCUGGCUCUGCUGUCCUGGGUCUGCUGUCCUGGGCCUUCUGUCCUGGCCCUUCUGUCCUGGCCCUUCUGUCCUGGGCCUUCUGUCCUGGGCCUUCUGUCCUGGGCCUUCUGUCCUGGGCCUUCUGUCCUGGGCCUUCUGUCCUGGGCCUUCUGA